AUGUCGUCUUCCAACCCCCGCGAUCAAAAGGAGCCUGUUGACGAAGAGCUCGAGGAGGACAUGCUCGCCGCCGACGAUGCCGCCGAGGAGAUCCCCGAGGAUGAGGACAUGGCCAUGGACUCUGACAAUGAGGAUAUCAACGAGGAGAUCUUGCUCCAAAACGACUCUAUCGGUUACUUCGACGAACCCAAGGAUUCUCUUUUCACAAUCGCCCAGCACCCUAAGCACCCCUCCAUCAUCGCCGUUGGUGGUUCAGCCGGCCAGGAAGACGAUGCUCCUGGUGCAGGAUGGGUCUUCAAUACCGCCACUGUCGAGUCGCGACCUCCGCUGCCUGCUAGUUUCUCGAGCGAUCCCGCCGCCGACGCCCUCAAGAGCACUCAGGUUUCUUCCCUAUUCAGCCUAGACGGCCACACAGACUCAGUGAAUGCACUUACCUGGACUCUCCCUCAAGGAGAUGUCCUUAUCAGCGGUGGUCUUGACGGAAGAUUGCGCGCUUGGAAGGCAACCUUCUCAAACGAUGCGCUCAAGAUGGACUUCCUUGGUGAGGCGCAGGAGGUGCCUGAGGUGAACUGGCUUGUGCCCUGCCCUUCUACGACAAAUCCCAACACUGUCGCCCUCGGCGCUUCUGACGGCUCCGUUUGGGUCUACACAGUCGAUCCCACAGAUCAGGCCAACCCCCUCCAGAUCGUGCAGUCCUACUUCCUUCACACUGGCAGCUGUACCGCCGGCGCUUGGACGCCCGAUGGUCUCCUGUUGACCACCAUCUCUGAGGACGGUAGCCUGUACGUCUGGGAUGUCUGGGGUGAGGCUACAGCCAAGAACCUUAUUGGCGAUAACGGCAUGACUGCUGUGGCUCUGACUGCUGACGAUCAGCGCUUCCAAGUUGAGGGUGGUCUUUACUCUCUUGCCAUUGACCCCAAGGGCGCAUUUGUCGCUGUCGGUGGUGCUACUGGUGCUAUCAAGAUCGUUUCUCUUCCACGACUUGCUCCUAGCGGACCUCAACCCCAGGCUCGCGCCCGUGCUGGAGGCAAGACUACAAGUCAGUCAACGUCGACACCCGGUGGGCAAAUCCUAGCCGCUCUGCACACUCAAUCCGAGAGUAUCGAGUCACUCGCUAUCGUUACUACCCCCAACACACCGGCAUCCACCCUGCUUGCCGCUGGCUCCGUCGACGGUUCUAUCGUUGUGUAUGACGCAACCCGCCGCUUCGCUGUUCGACGACACAUCGCCGGUGCCCACGAGGAGCACGCUAUUGUCAAGCUUGAGUUCAUCCCCAACUCAUGGCAACUUACUAGCUGCGGUAUGGACGGUGCCGUGCGCCGCUGGGAUCUCCGAGGUGCUGGAGCGACGAACCCCAAUGUUCCCGCCACAGCUGCCGAGGCUGGCCUCCAGAAGGAAUGGAAGGGCCACCGUGGCGAUGGUGAGGGCGGUGGUGUCCUGGGUUUUGUCCAGGGCCAGACAGGGGAGAGAGUUGUUACAGCCGGUGACGAUGGUGUGGCUUUGAUCUUCGAGGCUUAG